CUGGAACUCCUAAUCAAAUCGUAGGUAAAGUAAGCCAGCAGCACAACCAGAAGACAGACAAGCAAAGACUCUAGUGAAAUUUAAAGAUGGGGAAAACACAGAGUGUCCUUGAGAAGAAAGGAUACACUACCCAGAAGGAGGUAGAGAACGGUGUCAUAGCUACUGACAAACAUGGUGACCAGUUUGUCAUUAAAGAGAUCAAACUGAAUGAGACAUCUGUCCUGAACUCCAGUGCUGGAGAAAUUGUCUCAGAGGUUGAAUGCCUCAGACAGAUUAGUCACCCCCACAUUGUAAGCUACAAAAACUCAUUUCCAGAGGAUAACUGCUACUAUAUAGUCACAGACCAUUGUGCAAAGGGAAAUCUGUCACAGAAGAUACAAGAGCAGAUGACAAACCCUACAGAAGAGUACUCUGAGAAGAUUAUGGACUGGUUUGUCAAGAUCUGCAUGGCCCUGAAGCAUGUACAUGACCAGGGCCUUCUUCACAGAGAACUGAGACCCCAGAGCGUACUUCUCACAGAAUUUGAAACACUUCGUUUGGGAGCGUUUGGAAGUGUCAAUGAAAAGAUGACCAACGAGGAUGGAAUGAUGGGUUAUUUAGGCCCAGAGAUUCUAACUGGUGGAAUAUAUGACACCAAAAGUGAUAUUUGGUCCUUGGGAUGUGUGCUCUAUGAGUUGUGUAUGCUUCAGGGUGCAUUCACUGCGGUGAACACAACGGACCUCAUUAAAAAAAUAUUGAGGGGAUCUUACCCAUCCCUACCAAAGAGCUUCUCACCGGAGCUCUGCGAACUCCUGUGUGACAUCUUCCAACAAGACCCGACCAUUCGGCCUUCAGCUGGGGACAUCAUGGCAAAACCCUUCAUUAUCAGUUUCCUCAAAAAAAAGAGUGAGAAAACUGUGGAGGAACUCCAGACCACCUUGGACAAGCUGAGAACUCUGGCAGACGGCUUGGAGAGUAUGCACAAAGGCACCACCAUAGGCAGUCUGACGGGAGGUGUUAUUGGAGCAGCUGGAGGAAUCACCUCUAUCGUAGGGCUUAUCCUGGCUCCCUUCACUCUGGGCGCCUCCCUCAUCGUCACUGGGGUGGGUAUUGGGAUUGCUGUCACUGGUGGCGCCACAGCCGGAGUAUCCAACAUCACCAACAUGGUCAAUCAGUCCACCGACCGCCUAGCCAUGAAAAACAUCAUCAAGGAGUUCCAGGAGAAGAUGAACUCUGUGGUGACAUCUCUACAAGACAUCGCUGAGGGUUUGGAGACACUCAUGAAAAGUAGCUCUUCUAAGACAGAAAGUGCCGGUUUAAAUGUAGAGGCCGCUGCUAGUGCUGGGGUGAGGGUUGGGAAAGGCGUUGCGGGCGCCACAGAGCUCUUCCGAUAUCUCCGGGUGGCCAAUAUUGGCAAGGUGGCAGCCCAAACUGCCAGGGCAGUGCGUGUGGCAGAGAUGGCGACAGGAAUAUUUUCCGCUUUUUUUGUAGCGGUUGAUAUCUUCUUCAUCGCCAUGGACGCCAAAGAGAUCCACAACAUCCGACAUGCGAAGGCGAAUGAUACCAGUAAGUUAAAAGUGAUGGACACAGACUCCUUCACUGAGCUGAAGCCUGGAUGUGAAGAACCAAAGGCUGAGGUCAAGUCAGAGACCAUGAAGUUCAUCCAGACGAUCAGACAGACAGCUGAAGGGCUACAGGAGAGUGUGGACGAACUGAGUGACGUCAUCUCGUUAUAUUAGAUGCAUAAACAACAGAUCCAAUCAUACUUUAAUAUGCAACUUGUCUGCAAAAGACAGGCAUAGGCAGAUUGCCUUUCUGAUUCCCAGAACCUGAUUAAAUCCUUAAGACAUUGCUUGUAGAACUCAGCUACGAUAACGAAGUUGUAAAGAUCAACAUCACAAGACGCUUCUACUUCUGAAACAUUUCAUUUUAUAUCAUAACCGUGUCAUGGAAUUAUUCUAAUCAAAAGGAGACACUUUAACAUUUCUUCAAAACAAGUCAACUUUAUUAUUUAAUUACUGCAGUAAUGGAGCUUGUCAGUGAUUCGUUUAAAGUCCAACCAGCAGGACUAAGCCACAGCAUUUUAUAGCAAAGUCCAUCCUCCUGGAUAUUCAUGACAAAUCACAGAUGUAUGGAAUGGGUCACAAGGUUAGUAUUAAUUUGAAAUAUACUAAUAAUUCACAGCAAACAGUAUCUGCUGUAAAGACUGUUCUCAUUGUGUAGAAACCAGUCUGGCCCCCAACUCCAUUACUGGAGCCAUCUCCCCCGGUACCCCAGUACAGACACAUUAACUCAUGCUUUGGAAUGCAGUCUUGUUAGGAUUAUCACCCAACGACAUCGUAAAUCUUCUGUCAGUGUUAAAUCUCCCAGAGGCCCACGUUCAGUUCAAGCAGAAACAGUUUUAAGAACCCUCUAUUCUGUUGCAUAAAUAACCAUUUGCUGCAAUUACAGUAUUAUAACAUAAUCUUGCAAUUUUCUCCACCAUAACCGUCAGGAUGAUUUGAUCUGCGUAUUAUUUUCAUCAAACAAAUUGUAUUAAAAUAGUGAGCAACUGCCAAGUGAUAAUUGUCAAUCUAUUAAUACAUGAAGGUGCAUGGUGAUUGUAUACAAUUAUAUUAAUAAAACAUUGACUGAUAUCUAAUGUUUCUUUGGAUGGUAAAAUGAUAAAGAUCAGUUAAUACAAAAUAAAGUAUAUAAUGC